CGAGCAGACGUCUCAAUGAGUUUAUUCGAAUCUUUAAAAUGAAUUAAAUUAAAGUUUUACGCGAUAAAUAUUCGUAUGGAAAAAUAGGAGUGCAUAAAUAUUGAGGAGGUUACACGCGCGGCUGAGGACAUGGCGUCUCGCCUACGAUUGCCAUCUCCGUAAGUGGCUACCGCUGUCUCCCUGGUUGCGCCCGCUACUCAUGGAAGCUACCCAAAGCAUCGUAAGUACCAGGAGCACAUAAACCGCAAAGAACUAUUAUAACACCCAUCUUCCCCGGCUGUUUGCUACGAAUCGCUACGGAGCCACGCCGUGCUACAAUAGUGCUACGACGAAAAGUGAAUCGCUACUAGGCCCCACCUACUUUCUACGUCAUCGCCGCUACGCGCCCCGAGCGAUCACUGCUACGGGCCUCGAAUGAAUAUAAUCUCCUGGUGCUCUCUGCGAUCCUGGUAUCUUGUUCGACUAAAUAACAACGAUUUCUUAGUGCUACAAAUUCUGGGACCGUGAUUAUUACUGGCGCGCAACUAGUACAAGAACCUUCUGAGUAUUCAUAGAACCCUGGUACAGCAACGAAGCAAAAAUGGACAAAUCUUCCUCGGAAUCCAAUAUAAGCUUAUUAAGUGGAACCACAACAGACCUUACAACUCCUACAAAUUACCCACGACAAAGAUUUACUAUAAAAAGGAAAAGAGAUUGUGCCUGCGGUGAAGAAGUGGAAGCACUCAGGGAAGAAUUUAAAGUAAUGUUUCAAUCUCUGAUGACAUCGCAAGAGAAUGAGACGAAAAAAAUCACCUCUACCCUUAAUGAAAUCCAGCAAUCGAAUAAAAAUAUUGAAAACUCUCUUGCAUUUCUUGCAAGUCAAAAUGAAGAACUGAAGAAGAAAGUUGACCAAAUGGAGGUGCAAGCAAAAAAAGACAGAGAGGAAAUAACAAUAUUGGAAGAUAAAAUUGAAGACCUACAGAGAGAAAGAAGAAAGCAACAUUUGGAAAUAAAAAACGUACCUAAAACUAAUGACGAAGAUAAAACUUCUCUAAUAAAUAUGGUGUUGACUCUAUCCAAAAACGUCGGCUACACUUUGACUAAGAAUGAUAUAAAGGAUAUUUACAGGGUUAGAAGUGGUAAAAAAGAUAACAAGAAUACGCCCAUAGUCGUUGAGACUGCUUCCACACUUAUAAAAAACGACUUCAUGAAGACAUGCAAAUCGUUCAAUACGAAAAGGAAGGAAAAACUACGUGCGAAACAUAUGGGCUCUACAAGUAAUGAGGAUCAGCCAAUCUUUGUUUCCGAGCAUCUGACAGUGAAAGGCUCCCGCUUAUUCUUUUUGGCCAGAGAUUUGGCUAAAUCGAAAUCAUACAAGUUCUGCUGGACCAGCUUCGGAAAGAUUUAUGUCAGAAAAGAUGAAAGUUCACCUAUAAUACUGAUCAACAAUGAAGCACAGGUGCACACUCUAUUGCAAUCGGCAUGACUAGUUUUUAUUUUUAUCGUACUUACUUUCAACUAUUGUUAACAUUACUAAUGAGUGUUCACAGAUUUCGUUUAAACUACUCACACAAUCACACACUCACAAACACAACUUUUCACACACAAACACACUAUGCUUUAUAUGCCAAUACCUUUUUAAACAAUUCAUCCAAAUAUCUAAAAUCUGUAACUGUUUUGAGAUUUAUAAA